AUGACCUCAACGGCACCGCCUCUUGCGGAACAGAGACAUAUCGAUUUAUUUGCUGCCCUUUCAGAUGGAGUGAUUCACGAUGCUCCCGUUGCCCUAAUCAAGGAAAUCGUUGGUGACUCUUUAACAGUAGCAGAAAUUGAAGAAUAUGCUACGACUUUCAACAAACCCUCGCAAAUCCCUGGAUUCAAGGAGAAGCUUUUAUAUAUAAUAAACAACAAUACUACUGAAGCAACAGGUAAAUUUAUCACCUUGAUGAACAUUUUGGAUUCGAAAAUAUUCGCCCCACUUUUGACAAAUUCAUGGACUUUAGCAAAGGACAUGUCUGUGGAGCAGCGUGAGCAAUUGAUGGCUUCGUUGAGGGACUCUCCUGUGUUUGCCAAACGAGCAUUAUUCAAAACAGUACUUGCUUUGACACUCAAUACAUUAGUAAUCUUAGGUAAUGAGUUGCAUUACAAAGCUAUCCAUUACCCUGGAAAAGAGUUGCGUGAAGAAGCAUAUAAAGGCUUCAAGCCUGAUCCAUUCAAGUAUGUCAUGUUGCAAAAACCCGAAUUCGAAGGGGCGGAAUUGUACUUGACAGAUAUUGAUGUUGUUAUAAUUGGCUCUGGUGCUGGUGCUGGAGUAGUGGCGCAUACUUUGGCAAAUGACGGUUACAAGAGCUUAGUCUUGGAGAAGGGAAAGUACUACUCACCGUCAGAAUUCAAUUUCACCGACAAUGAAGGAUUAAAGGCACUUUAUCAAUCCCUGGGUACAUUGGCAUCCACCAAUCUGCAAAUUUCAAUAUUAGCAGGGUCCAAUUUUGGAGGAGGAACGACUGUCAAUUGGUCUGCCAGUUUCAAAACCCCGUUUAAAGUUAGAAAAGAGUGGUAUGAUGAAUACGGAUUAAAUUUCGCAGCAACUGAUUCCUACGACAAGUGUCAAGAAUACGUUUUUAAACAAAUGGGUGCAUCUACAAAAGGAAUUAAACACUCGUUUGGCAACCAAGUGAUCAUGAGUGGUUGUGACACAUUGGGCUAUUCUGCUAAAGAAAUCAACCAAAACUCGGGCGGGCAUCCCGCUCAUCAGUGCGGAUUUUGUUACUUAGGUUGUAAACAUGGUAUCAAACAAGGCUCGGCUGUUAACUGGUUUCGUGCGGCUGCUGCAACUGGUUCGAAGUUUAUGGAUCAGGUAAGAGUACUUCAAACCUUGCACAGAGACGGGGUCGCAACUAGUCUCUUAUGUCAGGAUCAAGCAACUGGUAGAAAGUUCAAGAUCUCUGGUCCUAAAAAGUUCGUAGUCGCGGGCGGCUCAUUAAAUACCCCGGUUGUUUUGCAAAAUUCUGGAUUCAAAAACAAACACAUUGGUAAAAAUUUAAAGUUGCAUCCUGCGAUCACUGUGUUUGGCGAUUUUGGCUCCGAGGUUCAAGCAGAUCACCAUAAAAAUUCGAUUAUGACAGCUGUUUGCACUCAAAUUGAUGAUUUGGAUGGAAAAGCACAUGGUGCUAAAAUUGAAACUAUAUUGAACGCUCCAUUUAUUCAAGCUGCACUUUUGCCAUGGAGAGGAAGUGAUGAGAUCAGAAAGGACUUAUUGAAAUACAAUCAAUUGUUUGGAAUGAUAGUAAUAGCUCGUGAUACCUCGAAUGGCUCAGUGGCAGGUGAUCCACAAAGACCUGAAUCGUUGUACAUUGAUUACAGUGUCAACAAAUUUGACAGAAAUGUUCUUUUACAAGGACUACUUGUGACGGCAGAUAUUCUUUACAUUGAAGGCGCUGAGAGGAUUUUGAGUCCUCAGUCGUCGAUUCCAGUCUUCGAGUCAAAGGUUUCAAAAGAUAAACGUUCCAUAACCGAUAGAGACUAUGUUGAAUGGAGAGAAAAAGUUGCCAAAACACCGCUUGACAGUUAUGGAGUCCCAUAUGGUUCUGCUCAUCAAAUGUCGAGCUGCAGAAUGUCUGGUAAAGGUCCUAAAUAUGGUGCUUGUGACACCAAAGGUAAGCUCUUUGAGGCGUCCAACAUUUACAUCGCAGAUGCUAGUUGUAUGCCAACUGCCUCAGGAGUCAACCCCAUGGUGACGACAAUGAGUGUAGCAAGACAUGUUGGACUUUGCUUGUGUGAUGAUUUGAAAGAGAAGGCUAGGUUGUAG